UAUAAGCUGCUUUUAUAGUAGAAAGUGAUUGUGAUAAAACRGGUACCAGUUUGUUCAAAAACCUCUGAUUGUCUGUUGGGUGCUGUGUAUGCCUUUUUUCAUUCAAAGCGAGUAACCACUGUUUUAGUAGAAAACAGACUCAUUUGCGCAGAGAACUUACCAAAAACAAAAGAAAAAUUAAAAAAAAAAGAAGAUUAUAAUAGCAUUAGAAACUUUCUCCGAUGUGAGGCUAAGCCUGUAUUCCGAGGGACARGGUUGUUCAAAGACCGAGUAUUGCUAAUUGUCGUGGGUUAACUUUUAGAUAACCUAUGGAGUUAACCCUGGAUUCACUCUAAUUGGGCUUUGAAAAAGGUGUAUUCAACCCAAAAGUACAUUUUUAAUAUUGUAUAUUAGAAAAAAAAUGCAAAAAAGUCUUCAUGAAACAUUUAAGAUUAGAUAUCGCUACCAACCAUUUUACUCACUAAAGUGACAUAUUAUACUACAAUUAUACCAUGGAAAAUACAUUUGCUAGUGUUUGAAGUUGUUUUUUUAAUCGGGAACUUUAAAUUUUGCAAAGAGUACGAGUUGAGUACAAGUUGAGUUCGAGUAGGUGCAUUAUUGAUUAUGAUUUGUAUUCCUUUAAAGAAAAAACGCCGCAGAAAAGAAAAAAAAAUCGCAUUCAUUGUGAUGUUGAUAGAUUGAUACUAGAUUUAAUCUCACGUCUUGUUUUUAUUUAACUCUAUUUUCAGGACUGCACUUCAGGAUCAAGAACACCGUCAAUAAGUCCAAUAACGCCGGGUUUACAACUCGCACUCGUACACAACUCGUACUCGUUGCCAAAGUUCCCUAAAUAUCUGAAUAACAUGCGGUUAUUUAUAAAUCAUGUUUUUCUUCCACUAAUUAAACAUCUGUAUUCAUUACAAUAAUUACUAUGGUAAUUAUCCUGCUUAUAUUUUCAGAAAUCUUAAGUCCGAGCUUUUUAUAAUUGGRAAAAAGCCGUAAAAUUGACAGCUUUCAAUUCUUUCCAGAACUACUGAGUGAGCCGACUUUUGACAAGACGACGACAUUUGAAUCUGCAAUGCACAUACUGAAUCUAAACUGUCAAGUGCCAUUACUUUAAACGCGCACUACAUCUAACAAAAGGGGAACCAGCUGGGAAAGAAGAAGGUGGUUGUUUUCRUAGGUUGUGACCUAAUAAUAAUGGAUGGAGAAGUGUGUUAAAUCGGUGCUUAUGCAGUGCGUUGUAGAMAUGGCUCAAGUAAAGGAAGUCCUUGUUAAUUCCUAAGAAAAACAGUAUUGAUAAAGUAUGGUCAGGCGAUAAGUGGGAGUCCAAGUAUUCAUCWAAAUACGAUAAUUGACAGUAUCCAAAACUCAAUUUACUUGGAAAACGGUUGGCGACAGCCUUAUAUGUUUUAAAGGCUAUUUAAGGCAAUAAAAGGAGGUGUGAUCUAAAAAGACUGGAGCCUCUUUAUUUAUGGAARAACCGCCAUUAUCUUCAGGACAUCAAAGUCGUGGACAGACUUAUAAGGCAUAAAGCGUUCAUUGUUCUACAGCUACCAAGGGAACCGUGCUUACUGCUGAUUAAAGGGCAAAAACUUGAAAUCGUUGACAGCAAAUGAAAUCCGCGUUGGAAGCUAAAAGGUCCACAGCUUGGUUCUACUAGUCUAAAGAAAUAUGAAUUUACCAAAUCAAAGUAGUUUGGCAGGGAACUGYUGUGCCGCAGAAAACUCCAAUAUCACGUUUGGCACAUAUCAGCCAACCAGACACGACUGGUUUUGGGUAACGCUGGGACUAAUUUGUGUCGUAACAACAAUCGGGAAUUCCUCAGCCAUUUUCCUCAUAUUAUCYAAGCGAGCUUUCAGGAAUAAAGUAUCCCCCAACUGGUUUAUCCUGUCCCUUGGAGUUUCCGAUCUGCUGAUCGCGACGUUCGACAUCCCAGCUACUUUCGUUUGCUCCUUUACGGAUAUGUGCUCUCGCUAUACAGUGUACAUAUUAUACUGUUUUAGGGGCGAGUUUCUAGCUGCAUCGACGACUAAUGUAUGUCUUUUGACAUUUGACAUUUACUUGGCGGUGUUCCAUCCAUUUUCGUAUCCCAAUCUCAUGUCCCCAACAAAGAGUCGUGUAUUUAUCGUAUUCUCCUGGAUCUUAGCGACAAUCUUCAAUAUUCCACUUUUUACGGAAAUAUUGGGCCCUCAUGGAAACUCCGGCGCCGACAUGGCUGACAAGAUUAUGACCAUGGUCUUCUACUCCCUCUCUGGCGCUUUUUUGACUUACGCAUUCGUUCGCAUAAUGUUGGUUGUUAAGAGUCACAAGAAGGAUAUUGAGAAGCAUCAACUACAGAUCGAAUCGAAUGCAAAUAGUCGGGUUUCUCUAACGGAUCCCCUAUCGRCUACUCCAAUUGCUCAAGUCAAACGAAGGAAUCGAGACGGGACAAUAACAGCUACCGGCGUUGUGACAGCGUGUUUUAUUGUCUGCAGUUURAUUUGGCAGUAUAAGCUAUUUGCCCUUAUGUUUCAUGAGCAUGUACCAACGACGGGUGUUGUGAUAGACCUUGCAGACUUGGUGAUCUAUUGYAAUUGCACYAUGAAUUUUAUAGUGUAUGCAUUGCUGAGGAAUGAUUUGCGCGGGGAAUUGGCACGUCAUUUUAAAAAGUUAUCCAAGAAAGGGAAUAAUGGCGAUGUUAUUCUCAGCCAAAUGACACAAGGUGGAGGAAAUAGACGGACGGGCACGCUUUUUCUCCCGUCGACUAAAGAUGACUUGAAUAGCAAUGAUAUCUAGACAUUCAUCAGGAUCAAUCAUUGAAUGGUGGCCCGCGGGUGUUUGAUUUCUAGUCAGCGGGUACAGCAAUUAUCUUUAUCUAUAAAAUAAAGCAAUUUUGGGUGAAAUAGACUUCAAAUGACUUUGUACUCAGGGCAACGAGAAAACUUYUAACUUUUUGGUAGUUAUAGUAUUGACAUUAUGAUGUAUAUCAAUUGACUACUAUCAAUCAAAGUAUAUAAAUUGGGAUUUAUCAUGUCCACUAUCCAAGCUUUUGUAGUAUUUGUACUGUAGUUUUGGUCUUUGUUGUGGCUUAGCAGGAUGUACCGUAUUUUGGAAACGCAAUGAAAUAUUAAGGAAAUAUGUMAUGUAAUUCAAUGUGAAAAAUAUAAUGUGAUUGAAAGGAGAUCUGACAGGGAAUCCGAUAUUCAUUUGCAUAUUGCUCCAGGUCAUGUUUUAGAGUGCGGUUUCUGUACUAAAAGCAUAAUGUAGUUAAUUGUAGUUUUCUUGUUUCUUAAAAAGGAACCUAGGUAAAAAAAAUACUCGAGUUAACACGCGGUUUUUUGGGGUAUAGUGCAGCACUUGACUUAAAAAAAGACUCUUUUCACUUGACUUGAAAACACUGUUCAUUGUAAUUCUUGUUAUUGGUAGCCUUUUUUGCUAUUUAUGUUAUCUUAUCKAUGUUUUAUUAGGCGUAAAAACAUAUUUUCCGGGUUGUGUCAUGUUAUUAUGCGAUUGAUAUUCAAUCAUGCAUAUGUAAAAAUAAAAACUGAAGAAAUCUUGAUCUCA